AAGAUGAGGAGGAAAGAUGAGGAGUAACACUACUAGUAACACUACUAUUACUCUACUACUCCUUCAAUCACUUCAUAUCCUCCCCAAUCCUAAACCAUUAUUUACUCACCCCUCGUACCCCAUCAACACCAAAAUGCUACGCAAUCUCAUAAUCAGCCCGUACCUCAUCCCUUUAAUCUUCUCAUUCCUCAUUCUUACAAAGAUCUACAGCACCAUAAAUUUUGGUAGCCGUUGCUACGAGUACACCACGAACAGCGUGUUUAUAAAGCGAGAGGGUGAUGAACUGGUGGUAUUAGGCGAUGGGUGGACACAUACGGUUGGUGCAUGGUAUUUUGAUGUUUUGUACGUUUUGUAUGUGCUGGGAGUGCGUGAUGAUACAGCUGGGAGUGUUGAUACGUUUUUGAGCAGCGUAGGUGUUAUUGGCGGUAAGGAAGGUAUUAUCGGUGCUGGUGGUACCGAUAAUAAUAUUGAAACGAGUGCGAACGGUAGUGUUAACACACCGUACUUACCAAACCUUUCACCAUUCGCUAAGUUUCUUGCCAUCACCGUGCUGUGCAAAUCCUUUCCAUUCAAAAUAUCGUUUACCACCCAUCACCUGCUCAUGUACACCUUAACCUCUGCAUACGUACCGUUCCGUAUUUACACUCUGCGCAGUGCACAUGGCGGUACACGUGCACGUAACUUGGAUGAGGUAGUGAAAGAGGUGUACGAUAGAAUUGAUGUGCUGAAGUAUGCUGAUGAGUGCACGGUUGAUAGCUUGGGAGUGUUUGUUAAGUACGGGUAUUUGGAUGAUAAGGUGAUAUACGUGUGUGAUGGUGAUAUUGUGGUAUUUGACUGUAAUGAGGAUGGUGAUGAGGAUGGUGAUGAGGAUGGUGAUGAGGAUGGUGAUGAGGAUGGUGAUGAGGAUGGUAAUGAGGAUGGUGAUGAGGAUGGUGAUGAAGAAGAUAAGAACGAGAAAAGUAAUGAGGAUGGUAAGAACGAGAGGGAGGGUAGCACUAAGAAUGGUAAAACUAGAAAUGGUAUGAGCGGUAAAAUCUACAAUCAUAAAACUAAGAACGUAAAGAUCAAUACGUGUAGUACAACACGUACCCGUAUUAAAAUCCAUAUACGGUGCAAAGAAGCAUCAAAGUCUCUUCUCAUACUACGUAAGCGUAAGAAUACGUUGUUCGUACGCACAGUGGUAAGUGGUACGGUUGUAAAGAAAGUACCACAAUAUACGGAUGAGAGAUGGCGUACGUACUGUGAUAGCAUUGAGGGGUGCUGUGAUGUACUGAAGAGGUGCGGAGAGGAGAAUGAGGGCGUUAUGUAUUUAAGAAUGAUUGGGGUAAUAGAAGGGUAAAUUUGGUGGUAACGUGG